AUGAAGCUGGUGGCCGCGGGAGUAGGGCUGGGGCUGUUCUUCACACUUGUUGCUCUUGCAACUUCAUUGAUACGCGCACUGCUUGCUUCGCGGCAGUUGGUUUCCCUGUCGGACAAGGGCCAGACAGUACUGGGGAAACCACUGGUGUUCCGAAUGAAGUUCAGCCAUACACGCCGCCGACCUGUAAAGGACCGGUUUGAUAACCGGUUCCUGGUUGUGGGCAUUCCGGUUGGGCUUCGCUGUCGCUUCGGCAAUCUCCUGGCGAUUGACGACGACUCUCUCGAUGUAUCCUCGCCUCCCGGCCGAGGCACUGACUUCUCUUGGAACCGCAUUGUCUCCCAUUUUAGCUGCUGGUUCAGCUUUGACUCUGCGCGAUUUCUGCAUCGAGGAGACCAUGGGGUGGAUUUGAGGGAGAAAUUGGACAAUUUCCUCCGGUCUCAGAAUGAAGACCCGGCCCAAUGGCCUUACGCCUACGUCCUGAGCGUUCCUCAGUUCCUGGGUUGGGUCCGCAACGUUGUCGUGUGGUGGUAUCUCUACAACGAAAACAGAGAGCUGGACGCAGUGAUAUUGGAGAUCAAUAACUCUUACUGGGAGAAACGAAACGUGCUGGUGAGAGUUGAUCGAGUUUCCGACAAGCCUACUCUUCCCGCUGAAGCACCCGAAGCACUGCAAUAUCUAGAUGACCGACAGUUGGUGCAGUCUUUGCCCUCUGCACCCCGCGCAACCUUUUACAAAGGGGUCUGGCACAAGUAUAUCUUUGCGUCCCCAUUCGAAAAGGUUGACGGCGUGGUAUCGAAUCGAUUCAUCGACCCCCUCCAGCCCAGCGCCUGGAAAGCCAACGCUCCUUUUUCGAACAUGGUGACGAUGGAGGAAUCUGGCGAGGUGAGGAUGACCACCCGCUUGACUUGUGCUGGCCCUCCGAUUGAUCCCACCCAAAUGAGUGCCUGGGACGUGGCCCGCCUUGUUUUCUGGUGGACGCUGCCGGGCGUGUUGACCACCCCGGAGAUCGUUUUCAAGGCUCUGAAAAUCCGGUUCUCGGGAGCCAUGAAGAUGAACUCCAAGCCGCCUGUGCGCAGCGGCAGCGUGGGCCGCAAUAUUAAGAAGCUGGAAAUCGAUCUCGAGCCCUUCUUCCGCGCAUACCUUUCAAGCUGCCUGGACGCCUACCCAUACCCGGUCGAACUCUCCUACCUCCCAUGCCGGUCAUUCACCAACGACAUUAUCCGCAUGCGGUCCCCGUCGUAUAGAGAGGAGGACCCCAGCACAGCUCGCCUUUCAGUUGAGCCGACUGACCCCCAGUUUUACACCCGGCUCAUCCACUACCCCGACGCGAAGACAGCGAUAGCACGAGAAACACAACCGACAGGGCACGUCGCCGACCCGACAGCUCAACGGCUGAUUGUUUCCGAUCCCGCGCUUCUGACCUCGAUACUGGAAUCGGCAUCAUCUCAAAAGAUUCAACCCCUGUUCCAGGGCGGCGCCCUGCCUCCGAACCGAAGACCUCGACAAAUCCUCGCAUUGUUCCGCGGGAAAUCAUCCCUCACAUUUAUGGACGAGUUUGCUCUUGCCUCGUCAGCUGCAUCCGCGCGCGCAGUCUACAUAUCUUCCGCACUCCGACUACUCAGCGCGCGUGCACUCGCCUUCCGCUCCCAGACCCUCCUGGGCAUAUACAUCUUCUUUGCCGGGUGCCUGAUGCGAUGGCUAGUUCUGGAAGGGCUUCUGGGCUGGGCCAGCAAAGCCUCGGCUUCCAGUUUACACAUGGAUCUCCGGUGGAGCGCACUGAUGGGUAUUACGGCGUAUUUGGUCGUCAUGAGACUUUGCACGGAGAUGAAGAAUCGGCUGCUUUGCUGGGGGCUCGGACUCACCCAGAUGACGAACUAG